CCCUCCCCCGUCUCUGUCCGCGGGAAUCCACUUCUCUUCAGCCCACAGCCACAAUGUUGCGCGGCUGCUUAAAAGCGCCACUGCGGGUGCCAAGCACAGGUUCCCCCGCUACCCGCCCGCUCUUCUCCUUCCUCCCCCUCACUAGCCUCCCCUCCCUCUCCUCCAAUCUCCAACACAAGAAGAGUACAGAGUGAGCAUCCUCCCGAAGAAGCCUCCUUGGCCGGUGCUGGAUCUUGCAACCAGACUGCGUGCCCUCUGCGGUGAAGUGAAUCGCCGGUCGAUGCUUGUGAUGAUUUGAGCCAUGAGCCAAUUCGUGCCAGAUUGGGGAAACAUGGGGGACAUCUCCAGGCCACUCGGCGAGGACGAUGACCUCAUGGAGCUGCUGUGGUGCAACGGCAAUGUCGUCAUGCAGAGCCAGGGUCAUCGGAAGCUGCCGCCGAGGCCUGAGAAGGUUCCGGCGCCGCCGGUGGUGCAAGAAGACGAGGCCGGCCUGUGGUUCCCGUUCGCGCUCGCCGACUCGCUCGACAAGGACAUCUUCACGGACCUCUUCUGCGAGGAACCACCGGGGGUCGACGCCGGCAAGGCCGGCAGGGACGGUGCCCCAGUGUUAGGGGACGCCGACAGGCGCAGCAGCCAGUCGUCCGCGGUGUCGGCGGCGAGCGACCUGAUGCCGCCUCCCAAGUCCACGCACGUGUCCUGCUCCAGCAGGCAGCAAUCGAUGAGCCUGGCCGACUGCGGCGACAACGCCGGCGGCGUCCUGUCGGACCUCGUCCAGGCUCGGGCCGGGAAGGCGGCGAUGGAGGAGGGCGCGUCGUCGACGCUGAGCGCGAUGGGGGCGAGCUUCUGCGGGAGCAACCAGGUGCAGGUGCAGGGCGCGGUGAGCGAGCAGGGGCGCGCCGGCCACACCACUGCCUAUGGCGGCAGCGGCGCAGGCAGCGCUCUGCCCUCGGCGGUGGGGAGCGGAAAUGCAAACGCCAGAGGCAGGGGCUACGAGGCCACGGUCGCCUCCUCGUCCGGGCGGUCCAACUACAGCUUCGGCGUGACCGCCACCACGGCCACCACCGGCACCGAGCCGACGAGCACGAGCAACCGGAGCAGCAAGCGCAAGCGGGGACUGGACACGGAGGACUCGGAGAGCCCCAGCGAGGACGCCGAGUCGGAAUCAUUGGCGCUUGAGCGCAAGCCGCCGCAGAAGCUCACGACGGCGCGGAGGAGCCGCGCCGCCGAGGUGCACAACCUCUCCGAGAGGAGGAGACGAGACAGGAUCAACGAGAAGAUGCGAGCGCUGCAAGAGCUCAUACCCCACUGCAACAAGACUGACAAGGCGUCGAUGCUGGACGAGGCGAUCGAGUACCUGAAGACGCUGCAGAUGCAGGUGCAGAUGAUGUGGAUGGGCAGCGGCAUGGCGCCGCCGGCGGUGAUGUUCCCGGGCAUGCAGAUGCACCAGUACCUGCCGCAGAUGGGGCCGCCGUCCAUGGCGCGGAUGCCCUUCAUGGCGCCGCCGCAGCAGGGCCACGGCGUGAGCCUGCCGGAGCAGUACGCGCACUUCCUCGGCGUCAACCCCCACCACCUGCAGCCGCCGGCCCACCACCAUCACCAUCAGCAUUUCGCGCAGGGGGUGGGCUACUACCCGCUAGGGGCGAAGGCCCUGCAGCAGAGUCCGGCGCUCCACCACGUGUCCAAUGGCAACACCGGCGGUGGCACGCCUGCCGCUACCGCCAACGCCACGCCGGGGAACGCGAUACACCCAAACAAAAGAUGAGGGUAAUUACGAAAACAAGUUAAGAGGAGCAAUAAAAAGGAAAGGAGCUGCAGCGUCACAGCAACAAUAUACAUGGAGAAGAGGAAACGCCGAUGCGAAUCAAGCGGUUGGCGUCUUCUUCCAUCUUCUGCCCCCUAUGAGACCCCGGCAGGAAAAUUGUAGCAAAUCAUGCGGAUCUCUUUUGUUCCAUUUUUGCCGGGAAAUCGUAUGAAUGUCUAGCUAACUGAUUAUAUUGUUAAUAUAACAUUUUGGGUUUUGCUCCUGAUACUACCUGGGGUUGUUGCCUAUUGAUUGGGCAUGCACCCUGCUUGUACUAAUAUUGAACUUCCAUCUCUGUUCUCUUUUGUUAAGCCAAUAUGUUCAGUAUCAA